CCGUCCCCUUCGCGACCAUCGAUUCUCGACUCGCGAGAAGAAACCCUACGCUUCCAAGAAAAAGCAGCAGAUAAAGGAGGCGAAGUCAGGGGACUUUGAUGCCGAAGACAUCGUCGUCUCCCUCGCCCACCAUCACUCCCAUGAACCAAAUCAUCAAAUCUCAACUCCUACCCCACCAAACCCUAACACCCAAUCCUCCUCCUCCCCUGCCGCCGCCCGUUUCAUCCGCGGCCGCCAUCGAUGACGAGGUCGAUCUCCUUCACUCCUCCUUCCAUCACCAUCACCACCACCACCACCACCACCAAUCGCUGCUCAUGGACGACGACGACGACCCCAGCUCCCAGGCCCCCGAAACCCUAGUCCACUCCCACUCCCACUCCCACUCCCCCUUCUCAUCCCUCCUCCUCCGCGAUGAUGACGAGGAUGAGGAACCCGACGAGGACGAGAUCGACGCCGAGGAAUCCCUAAUCGAAGACCGGAAGCCCCUUCCGACUGCCGCCACCGCUCCGCCAGAUUGUUCUUUCGGCGAAGCGUCAGCCGUUGACGUCCCUCCGGCGGCGCCCCGCAUCGACCCGAGCCCUCAUGUCUCCUCCCAAUUUUACACUUUUAACCGCCAAUCGCACGCCCUGAUGGUGCGCUGCAUCCUCGAAGGCCGGCUCGCGACCCCGGAGGAGAUUCGUUGCGCCACGCCCCGAUCCGUGCUGAAGUCAUGGCGCUCUGUCUGGAAGGACCGCAACGAGGACACGGCAUACCUCACUGCGUGGAAGCGCAUCCAGGACAAGCUCCACGCCCACAUGGAUGGUGUCCUGCCCGCGCUCUUGUUCAAAAACAACUCAGCGCAGCGAGUCUCGCAUGUGGACCAGUGGGAGGAGAUCGUCACCACUGCCCAUGCCGACCCCGACCUGCUGCGGCAUCUUGGGUUGAAGGAGACUGUCGACCGGAUUAAGCAGUCCUGGACGGUUGGUGCCAAGUUCUACGGUAUCCCAGAGUCGUUCAUCCGCGUUUGCGUGGCUUCCUGCCCGAUCUGCUCCUCUGCCUCCUCUCUGACAUCUCGUGGAAGCAGUGCUCUGGCACGGUCCAAAAGGCGGCGUUUUGAGUACACUGAGUCCUUUGAAGUGCCUGCAAAGGAUGUGCAGCGACACCUUCAGCAGCUUGCUGCCAAGCACAAGGUAGCGCUUUGCAUCCGCCAGAAAUACAUUAGGUACAAGCCUUUCAUGGCUGAAGUGAAGGAUUAUGCUUGCCACCGAGCUGGGGAGCCGACGUCUGCCAGUGCUUCAGCUAAGAAAGCUAGGGUUUUGAAGAGGGAACCUUACCAGUCUAAGCGUUGUGGAUGUGGGUUUCGCAUAAGGGCGAUUGUGCCCAUAAUGAACUACAAUGAAAAGGACAAGACUUUUGUGUACCAGGAGGAGGGCACUGCCAUGUUCAAGCUAUAUGCAGUUCAUUCUGGGCAUGAGCCCGGUCCGCUUGAUGGGAAUGCUAGGAUCAUCCACCGAGUAAUUGGGAACAAGGGGGCUUUUGAUAUCGAUCCAGAGGUUUAUGGGGUUAGGGAAGAUAUGGAGCCUGAGUCAUUUGUUAGCCUUAUGGGGAAGGAUGACAGAGGGGAUUCACAUCACAUGGUUCUGCAACAGGUCCAAGAACUCAGGGUCGAGGUUGGUAUAUUGGAAGGAAGAAUUACUAAAAUGAGCCCAGAGAUGCUGCGAUCAUUGUCACGUGAACUGUCUGAUAUCUUGCUCAAAUUGAGGAGGUUGGGUGGGGGAGUGCAUCACUCAGAGGAAACAUUGGUAGGUGAUGGUGAGGUCGCACAAUGGGGAAAUAACGACGAUCAUCAUCUUGAUAGACAUGAUAGGAUAUUUAGUAAGGAGGCUGAGAUGAUUGAAGAGGAGGAUCCAGAUUUUGGUUCAGAUCUUGGAGCCAUCGUGCCAUGGGAGAGGAUGACCGCAGACUGUCAGGAUAGGAAGAUGCUUAUGAGGGAUAGCUUGAAGCCUGAUAAGUGGAUAUUGAAAGAACACUGCAGUGAUUUUGAUGAGAAGAGCAUUCUUUGUGGUGAGGAUGAGGAAUCUAAACUAAUAAAACCCUUGACAGAUUCAAGUCUGGUAGGGAUGCACGUGGAUGGUUUUUAUGCCGACAAUACCAAGUGGUAUGACUCACCAAGUGGCUUAGAUCCUGGUACAGAUUCUGGAGAUGGUGGUUUUAGGCAUGGAGGAAUGGUGUGAAGCAAGGCUGUGCUUAUUUUUCCCUUAUUAGAGAUGGAAGGAAAGGAAGCAACUUGUAAAUUCUGUACACUAAAGAGAAGUUCUGGGCCCACCAUUCUAUUAUCAGGAAUAGGUCUUAGGUGGAUAUUCGCUGCAGUUCCCAUGUUCGUUAAACACACAUUUGCCUGUCAUCUAGCUUUCCUUUUUUUUCCCUGUGGAUAUCUGAUAGUGGUUGAUUGUGCUAUA